AUGAACCCCUGGGACUCUGAUGGGUAUUCUCCGCACUGCCUUGUAUAUGAUGAUACUCACAGUGAUUCAUUUAAUUUGUCAAGUAAAGGUUCUUCAGAUCAUUUACAAUCACAUGCUUCAGACACUCCCACCGUGAAAGCGAGAGUUGUGGACACUGAGAGAAAUGGUAGAGAGCCUAAUGGUUCAGUCAGCAUUCAGAAUAACGAAAUACAUGCUUGGCCCCAGGUAACAGAAGAUGCAGGCAAUUCACACUUUUCUUCAGUAGCAUUUGUCUCUUCAUUAUCAUCUGCAUCAGCCGAACUUCAUAGCCAGUCCUCGAGUAAAUUCAACAUUGCUACUUUACCCAAAGUGUCGUGGGUGCGUCACCGAGACAUUCACCUGCUGACAGUGGGACGGUUCACCUACACAUCAGAUGGACGCUUCUCAGCUCGCCACACUCCGGGCUCUGAGGACUGGCUUCUCAUGAUACACUACCUGCAGAAGAGAGAUGCUGGCAUGUACGGGUGUCAGAUCUCUACCACACCUCCCAGAAGCCACCUCAUCCAUCUGUCUGUUGUAGAGCCGGAGACAGUGAUUGUGGGAGGCCCUGAUGUUUACAUCAACACAGGAAGCCGCUUAUCUCUCACCUGCAGUGUCAAGUACAGCCCAGAACCACCAGCCUUCAUCUUCUGGUACCACGAUGAUAAGCUGGUGAGCUACGACAGGACCCGAGGAGGGGUGGUGGUGUCCACGGAGAAGGGCGUAGUGACCACUUCCCGUCUACUGGUGCAGUUCGCUGAGACCCGCCACACUGGACGCUACACCUGUGCUCCUGCCAAUUCUACACCCAAGAGCGUCAAUGUGCAUGUUAUUGCCGGUGACCAGCCAGCAGCCAUUGUGCACGAGAAUAACAGUGGGUCGUGCAUCAACACUAGGACUCGCGCAGUCUCCUGCGUCUUCCUCAGCAUCCUCCUAGCUCCCAGGAUCUUCUUGUAGUAACAUCCUUGCUUAUAGGAUUUUCAAACAUCCUUAUGUUGCUCACGGAGGAGAGGACACGGGAGGACAGACAUUAGCCAGUAUUGUUGGUGUUCUUAAUGGUAGUUUCUUUGGUCCUCGUAUUUAUGUAUAUGCGUAUAAAUUUGGGAGAGAGACAGAAACUACGAUCGUUAAAAGAAGAACCCCUUACACGGUAUUCUGAAGCUGAGGACUUGGGGCUCGAAACCCGUGUGGAUAUGGGAUUCUGAAGAUAGGCACAUGAGGUGAGAAUAACAGGUUCAAUCACAAACGACGAUUUGCGUAGCUGCAAUCACAUACUAGCUUCUACUACGUCUCUACUUAUUAUACAUAAACAGUUACCCGAAAUCCAUUACCCGCUAUUUGGCUCUCACCACCGUUAAUUAGAACCGUCAAGCAACACUCUUGCAAUUCCAUCAUCCAACACCAUCCCACAACAACGUCAUGCAAUAUAAGUCACGGUUAGUUGGUUAAUGGGGUUUCAAGCCUAACGACUACAAGAGGGUAAUUAAGGCUACACCUUUUCGCUACCAGUCAGAAUACGUUAAUCCUUAAAAUUAGGAUUAAAGUAAAUUUUCAGAGUAUAUACACAGACAUACACUUCUCUCUGUAUAUAUCCUGUGGUGAGUACCAGCUAAGGUACAUACUUUAAUAUGAGACAGAUACUACUAGCUUGGCAUGUACGCUGGUACUAUCAGUCAUGUUGAAAAGGAGGAAAAAGAAUACUUGGGCUUUUUAUCCCCGGUGGGUUAUUAAUCCCUGUGGGCUUCUAAUCCAGGAGGGCUGUAACCCUCAACGGUAAUCCACGAAAGCCAAGCCGUGUGGUUUAUGUCCACGGGAGACCACUGUCCCUCUUCCCAGGAUGAGACCCAAAACAGCCUGCUAACACCCAGGUAUCUAAUUACUCUUGGGUGAACAGAGUCAGCAGGUGUAGCAUAUUUGUCUAUGCAUCUGAACUCGCCUGACGUAUAAUCCAGAUCCUUCAAUUGCGAGAUGAACGAGCUACAACUGGUACAAGUCUCGUUGGCCCUUGUUUCGCCUUCAGUCCAAAACGAUCUUUAUCUUACUUUAGCCAUUCACUUUCCAGUACCCAACAUCCUAUAAAAUUUUCCAGUCAUUUUAUUCAAUAUUUGAGUGAAAAAGAGAUUUACGAUACGAAAUUUAAUUCUUUAUGCAAACUAUCAAUCCGAAUCAAUAUGAUAACCGAAACUUUAUGUAGAUAAAUGGUUAGACACCUGUGCAACACUUGGGUAUCUUUAAUGAGGAAACGUUUCGCAACACGAUGUAUGGACUGAUUCUUCUUGAUUCGCCGGUACUCUCCCGGCCCGAGCCUUUUCCAAGUGGUGGCCCGGCCUUGGCUCCCUGUCUCGGGAGUAUCUCGGACAAAUGUCUGCCAUGGGAGGUGGUGCAAGUACCUCAUCGUCGGGACCAACUGUACCCAGGCCUAGCCACAUUCAUAAGAACUUAAGAAAGAAGGAACACUGCAGCAAGCCUAAUGGCCCAUGCGAGGCAGGUCCAAGUCUCCUACCGGCCCAGGCCAAUGCCCCAACCUAGUCAGGUCAGGUCACAUUCACUUAAGGAAGGAACACGGCAACUGACCUAGUAGCACAAGCUAAUCAGGUCCAACUGACACCCACCCACACCCACUCAUGUAUUUAUCUAACCUAUUUUUAAAACUACACAACUUCUUAGCCUCUAUAACUGUACUCGGGACUUUGUUCCACUCAUCCACAACUCUAUUACCAAACUAGUGCUUUCCUACAUCCUUCCUGAAUCAGAAUUUUUCCAACUUAAAACCAUUGCUACGAGUCCUGUCUAAGCUAGAUAUUUUCAGCACGUUAUUUACAUCCCCUUUAUUUAUUCCCGUCUUCCAUUUAUAUACCUUAAUCAUAUCCCCCCCUAAUUCUACGCCUUUCUAGAGAGUGCAGAUUCAAGGCCCUCAGUCUAUCCUCAUAGGGAAGAUUCCUGGUAGAUGGGAUCUACUUUGCCAUCCUCCUUUGUAUGUUUUCCAGAGCAUUUAUAUCCAUUCUGUAAUACGGUAACCAAAACUGUGCAGCAUAAUCCAAAUGAGGCCUAACCAAGGAUAUAGAGUUGAAAAACAACCUGAGGGCUCCUUUUAUUUAUGCUUCUUGAUAUGAAGCCAAGGAUUCUGUUAGCUUUAUUGCGAACAGAAUCCUUGGCUUCAUAUCAAGAAGCAUAAAUAAUAGGAGUCCUCAGGUUGUUCUUCAACUCUAUAUAUCCUUGAUUAGGCCCCGCCCUCACGGGGCUCGUAGGGAGAAGCUAGGCCUCUCUGGUCUGCCAUCCCCGCCCCAAGGGGGCUAAUGGGGAUGACAGUCUUGUGAACUGCAAGCUCUGGCUCAGGCACCUACCCUACCCUAGAAGAGCUGGGCAUAGUGUCGAUCUAUGGACUGAUGAAACCACUGUGUGGCGAAACGUUUCCUCGUUAAAAAUACCCAAGUGUUGCACAUGUGUCUAAUUUAUGAAACUUCAUGAACAAUAUUCUUCCUUCUGCAAUUUACCUACUUGAAAUUCAGCCCAAAGUUAUAGAAUGUUGAUGACAUUCGUGAGGAAUGUCAUCAACAAUCACAGUUCUGUAUUUGACUCAUUAAUACUGUAUCAAAAACCUGAAGAACGGACGUACUUGAGUGGCCAUGUUAAACCGUUUUUAUUAAUUUACUUAAACCCCUUAAUGAAGCUCUUAGAUAUAGCGCUGGGACUUUGUAUAUAUCUGUGUAAGAGUGUGUGCGGUCGCGUGAGUGUAUAUAUGUAUACGUGUAGGUGUCUGUGUAAAUCAAUAACAUAAACCGUAACUUGGUUUACAAAUUUUUCUGGAUACUCUCAGUACCCUUCCGUAUAUUCUUGGAGUGGCUGCUCCCAGUUCCACCUUCUUUUGGAAUGGGUCCUCCCCAGUACCCCCCUAUUCUUGGAAAGGGUGAUAUCUGUACCCUAAAUUAUGGGUGUGUGAACUCCCAGUGCCACCCAUGGUGAGUGAAGGCUCUCCCAGUGCAACUCAUGCUGGGUGUAGGCUCUCCCAGUGCAACUCAUGCUGGGUGUAAGCUCUCCCAGUGCAACCCAUGCUGGGAGAAGGCUCACCCAGUGCAACCCAUGCUGGGUGAAGGCUCUCCCAGUGCAACCCGUGCUGGGUGUAGGCUCUCCCAGUGCAACCCAUGCUGUGUGUAGGCUCUCCCAGUGCAACCCAUGCUGGGUGUAGGCUCUCCCAGUGCAACCCAUGCUGG